AUGUUGACCAAGUGCUGUUUCUGCAUUGGCUUGAGGGCGGCAACUCUCUUAUUGGCCACUCUUGGGGCUUUAGCAUAUAUGACCAAUGCCUAUCAUUUUUCACAAUUGUCUGGACAAUUUGGUUCCUUUUAUAGUGCAUUAUCUACUUAUUAUAUCGGAGCAACAUUCGCAUGUAUCGCUGGUAUCAUUGGUGUAAUUAAGAAUAAAAUAAAUUAUGUAAAAAUCUAUUCGAUCUUCUAUUGGUGGCAACUUUUAUUGGGAUUCACUCUAUCCAUCGUGUUUUCCGUUGUUGCCUUUUACUUUGAUAAGGAUAUCUGUGAAAAAUUAAUCGAACAACCUGAUGUUGAUAUGGACAUGGAUACAUGCAUGAACUGGUAUAUAAAGACUGCCUCCAUGAUGGUUGUUUGCCUUGGAAUAUCAUGUCUCAUUGAUCUUCACUUCUGCAUGGCCGUAUGGGCAUAUUACCAGAGACUCAAAGUCGAACAACAAUAUGACACACUCUCAGAUCCUGGAUAUGUUAUUUUUUACACAUCAGUUCCUGCUUAUGCUAGUUCCCAACCACCAGCUUAUGAAUCAGUUCCUCAAUCUGACUCCAAAGCUAUAUCUACCAAUUCUAAUGUUCAAAAUAAUGCCAAACAAUAG